AUGCCGUCUAGUACCCCAUUGAUCCUGGUCAGUGAUACAGCAGGGUCAAAACACGAAAUUUUGCCCAAGCCUGAUGUCGACAUGUGCACCAAGCUGGAUGCCGUGCAGCUCAAGGAGCUCAAUGUGCGCCAUGCGUUGUAUCGCCGCAAGUAUUAUCAGCUGUCACAACACGUGCCUGAGGAUAAGCUUUGCUAUGAUAAACUGAAGGAGGACUACCCCCCUGGCCAUCGUCCUGUGGGGCAGAGAUCUUUUAAGUGCUUUGAGGAAGAUGGCGAAUUAGAUUGGUCUUUCCACCCUGACUACUGCAAACUUGCUGGCCUGGAGGACUACCAACGGCUGGUCCCUCGAAAUUAUGGUGGUUUUGAGUAUGUCAAUUGGGAUGAGUACCACAAGGAUUGUCAUAGCUAUGAGAUUGAACAAGAAUAUGUCAAAUUCUGUGAAGAAUUGUCCAAGAAACUUAAGUGGAUUGAAGCUUAUGUGUUAAAUAAGCCUCCAUCUCUUAUGUGGGGAAAGAUUUUGACCAGAGGAACUUACCAAGCAAUCAAGAUCGCUACUGACUUCUUGAAGAUAUACGAUGGCUUAGCCUUUACUGGCUUCUACGAGUGGUUAGAUAGCAUGGGUUUUGAUGUGUGUUGCUACAACGAGUUUGAUGGUCUCUAUUACGAGAUUUGGCAAAGGUGCAAGAUGGAGAAGAAAUUCAGAGAUGCUUUGUAUGAAGUCUAUGGACUUAAAAUGUUUCCGUUACACCAAGAAAGAAUAAGACGUGCACUGGAGAAUGACACAUUCUGCUCCGACUUGGAAGAAGAGUUUCUUGCUUGCACAGCUUGCCUCGAGGAAUUUCCAGAUGACAAAAGCCAGAUUUUAAAGGAUAAAGCCCGGGAGUUGAUUGCAGAGGCACUUAGAAAGGAGACGCAGAAACCAAAGUUCUAUGAGGAUUAUUGUAGGAAGAAGAUAGAUAUUGCUCAAGCUAUUGGAUUAAUUUCCAGCGUACCGUCUUAA